UCUUAAAUGAUUUGGCAUGUUUUGGUUGUGGAGAAAAGUGAGGAGCUAUUUUGCUCUCCUCACACAAAUCUCUCACACAAAUCUUGUCAUGAAUGCUAAAAUUAUUACUAGCUUUCAAAAUCGUUUGUAGGCUACUCCCGCUGCUAUGCUUGAUAAUUACUUUACUAUAUUACCUAUUUUUAAGUCUAGACUAGUGCAAUUUGAAAUAAUGUGGAAAACGGGCUUUGAAAAAGUGUAGAGGUGUGUACACCAAGCACACAAUAGGGGAACUGCACACUGACGUUGCAUGAACAGCCACGUACUGUACCGAGAGCAGAGAACAGAGGCUAUUAGUUUUACAACACCUUGUGCAGAGCGCGCAGUCACCAGUCUCGCUCUCUCUCUCUGCAAAGCUGACAACUUCAGGAGCCUUGCUAUUGUUCCAGCAUGUUAUAUAUUCGCCAUUCUGUGUCCAAGCAUAUCGGCCUGGCAACAGUUUAAUUUGCUGAGCAGUUUUGGAAGAUCGUUUUUUUUUCUCUCGGCUGAUGUGACAUUAUCCAUCUGUAAUGAUGUGGACCUCUCAGGACUUUAUUGGAUUCGUUGUAUUGUCUAGUUUAUGUAUACAAUUUGGAUUCUGCUUUGAAGGAAAGUUUACGGAUAUCCCCUCCAAUCUAACGGUAAAAGAAGGUCAAAACAUUGAAAUGGCGUGCGCCUUCCAGAGUGGAACCACGUCAGUUUACUUAGAGAUUCAAUGGUGGUUUAUAAGAGCACCAGAAGAACCCAGCAGCGAGGAGGAGGAGGAUGAUGAGGAAGAGAUGGAAGUGAUACCAGAGCCGGAUCCAGACAAUGAAGGGACUAAAAUAAGUACGGUGAAGGUACAGGGAAACGACAUCUCCCACAAACUGCAGAUCUCCCGGGUGGGAAAGAGUGACGAGGGCCUGUACGAGUGCAGAGUCACCAACGCCAACUACGGAGAGCUGCUGGAGUACAAGGUCCAGGCCUACCUGAAGGUGAACAGCACCCGGCCCCGCAUCAGGCUGGCCAAGAAGACAUCCCCCUUGUCCCACCUGACAGCUGAUAAGAAGCCACGCAAGACAGGCGCCACAGCAGCACAAGACAGCAUGAGCCCCGACCUGAGGGUUCGCUCUACCUCCAGCUCUCAGACAUCAUCAGCCAAGACAAUCAAACAGAGUUCAGGCACGAGGAUAGCUACAAGCUUUGGACUUGCCAUCCUGAUUCUUGCCUGUGGCUUCGUGAGGGAUACCUUGCUAUAGUUUCAAGGACUGACGUUUUUCCUCCGAGUAUCACUCCCUCUUCUCGAAGCGAAGGAGAAAAUGGCCUGUUAUUACCACCAAGCGGACGACACAGUUGGCCCUAAUUUUCCACUACUCUGCACCCAAUGCAUUCUUAUUACCCAUUGUACCACAAGAGGCACCUUCUCAAAGGCCAGCGGCGGGAUUACCUGUUGUGCCGACGUUUCUUCAAUGCACCCAACAAUCGAAACAAAAUGGAAACUGACAUUGGCUCCUUGGAAUAUCUUUCACAGACCUUUAUUUUGAGGUUCCUGCAGUGAAUCUAUUGUGUCAUUGCUUAAAGUAAAAAAAAAAAAAAAUCUAUAUUUGUGUAUAUAUAAUAUCAGUAUAUAUAAUUGUUUUAUUUCAAACACCUGGAACUGUGUAUAGCUUACAUUCGCUAUGUUUUCACUAUUAUGUAACUACGUCGCGCAAGGCUAUUCAUAGUCCUCUUAGAACAAAAGAGCUAGUCAAAUACAACAACAUGAUGUAGAGGCCUAGUCGGAUUGCUAAAUGAAGGCAACUCGACAAUGAAUUAUUUUAUCAUCCGUAUUGUGUGUAACUUGCAAAUACAGUUCUCGAACGUUGUUAUUACA